AACGCAAUCCGUCUAUCUACUACUGUGGUUCUGCCCACAAAUAUAGAUAAUACCUAUAUUUAUUAUCUAUGUCUGUGGUUCUGUCAGGAUCAUGGAUAUAUACCAUAGACCUAUAAAUAUUCUUUAUAUGUCUAUGAUAUAUACUAAUACUAGAGGCCGUCUUUGUCAUAAUCACCCUGAAAUGAGUUGAAGCCACCGCCAUAUGCAAUGAAGGCACGAUCGGUAAACAAACGUUAUCAAUGAUAUAACAAACGACGGGUAAAAUUAAAAAUUCUAAAGGCUAAGGUACUUUCAUAGACCUAGUAAAAGGUCAAUGGGUAAUUUAUACAAUAUGAUAAAGCCUAAUAUUAAUAACGUUUGUUUACCGAUUGUGCCUAAAUUGCAUAUGGCGUCAGCUUCACUGAUAAUUCGAAGACGGCUAUCUAGUAUGAGUAUAUAUCUAUGGUCAGAAUACCAUUGAGUGAUAAGACGAUAAGUAUUAGGUAUUAUUUUUUAGGUAGGUAUAGUCUAAAAAUUCAAAUCUGUGUAAACUUUUUUGUUAGAAGUGAUUUGUUCUUUACAUAAUAAGUUAUUUAACCCACAUUACCAGAUUAUAAUUAUAGUUUUAAUAUUUAUAUUUUAAUUUUAAUAAUUAACUAUGAGCCUUUCACAAUGCCGCAAUUUACAAGAAACAUACAAAUUAAUGAGAUUUGGCAAUGGAUUAUUACAAAACAGUAUUCGUAAUCUAACAAUUCCAAUAGUUGUAGAACAGACAGGCCGUGGAGAACGAUCUUAUGAUAUUUUUUCUAGACUAUUAAAAGAACGAAUUAUAUGUGUUAACGGAGAGAUUAAUGACCAUGUCGCUUCACUCGUAAUUGCGCAAUUGUUGUUUUUGCAAUUUGAAAAUCAAAAAGCACCAAUUAACAUGUACAUUAAUAGUCCUGGAGGAAGUGUAACUGCAGGUCUUGGUAUUUAUGAUACUAUGAUGUACAUAAAACCAGAAAUAUCGACAUGGUGUAUUGGACAAGCAUGUAGUAUGGGAAGUGUUUUGUUAGCAGCUGGCCAAAAAGGUAAACGUCAUUCUUUGCCAAAUUCAAGAAUUAUGAUACACCAACCAUCUGGGGGCAUGCAGGGUAAAGCAUCCGAUAUGAAAAUUAUUACUGAUGAAAUUUUAAGACUUAAGACUUCAUUAACUAACAUUUAUGUCAAGCAUACAGGAAUGUCUUCUGAAAAAAUAGAUGCUAGUAUGGAGUCUGAUAAUUACAUGAGUGCAGAAGAAGCUGUAACUUUUGGCUUGAUAGAUAUAAUAGAUCAACAAUUGGCUACAAAUUAAUGCUCCUAAUUUAAGUUCAUACCUUUAUAUAGAUAAAUGUACAUAUUUUAUGUGUGAUCAUAGUUGAAUUCAUAUCUCAGUACUGAGGAUCAUAUGAAAAAAGUUUUUGUUUUAUAAAAAUGUUUAUAAUAUAAAACAUGAUGACA